CGGUGCCAAAGGUUGUAUUUUGAAGCCUUUACAGACUUGUUUUUGCAAUGUGGCGUUCGCUCAUCUCCCCAAAAACAAUGUUGGUUCAAGCAAAGCAAUACUUCUGUUUAAUGAUUACCUCGCCAAAAUGUUGUAAGUCCGCUAAGAUAAACACGGGGAGGUGAAUAACUCGGGGAAGCGCUGAUCCCGGUCUCAGAGCUCCAUCGGUUGCCGAGUCCCCCGCGUUCGGAGGCUUUUCGACCAGGAGAGAGGAUGCACGUGCGGGCGAUAUUGCUGUUGGCUUGCGUCGCCGCGGCGCUCGCGGCUGAAGAGAGCUGUGUUGGCCGGUGUAACGCUGGUUUUGACUCGAAGACGAAAUGUCAGUGCGACUCCAUGUGCGGCUACUACAGGAGCUGCUGCGUGGACUACGAGACUACCUGCAGCAACAAGGUAACCCGGGGCGACACGUUUCACGACCCCGAACAGGACUACGACACCGACGUACAGAACGUCAGCGCCACAGCUGGCCCCGGGGCCUCCACUUCCUGGCCCAGGUUCAGCACAGUGGGCCCCAGAGCCUCCACUUCCUGGCCCAGAUUCACCACAGCGGGCCCCAGAAUCCCCAGUUUCUGGCCCAGAUUCACCACAGCUGGCCCCAGGAACACCCCCGCCGUGGCCCCCACCAGCCGGUGGCCCCCCAGACCCUCAGAUCGUGACGCAGACGCCUGCAGUGGAAGAGCUUUCGACUCCUUCAUGCAGCUGAAGAACGGCUCCAUCUACGCCUUCAGAGGCGAGUACUUCUUUGAGUUGGACGAGAAGUCCGUGUUGCCGGGAUACCCCAAACUCAUCAAGGACGUGUGGGGCAUCUCUGGGCCAAUCGACGCGGCUUUCACCCGCAUCAACUGCCAGGGAAAGACCUACAUCUUCAAGGGAAAUAAGUACUGGCGGUUUGAGGACGGCGUGCUGGACGAGGACUUCCCUCGCGACAUCUCCAAGGGCUUCCAGAACAUUCCGAACGACGUGGACGCUGCCUUCGCCAUCCCUGCCAGCAGCCACCGCGGCAAAGAGAAGGUGUACUUCUUCAAAGGUGUGUGUGUCAGUGUAAGUGUGUGUGUGUGUGUAUGUGUCAGUGUGAGUGUGUGUGUGUGUGUGAGUGUGUGUGUCUGUGUCUGUGUGUGUGAGUGUUUAUGUGUCAGUGUGAGUGUGCGUGUGAGUGUGCGCAGGUCCAAGUACUUCUCUCGCUCCGUCGCUCUUGCGAUGCCAGUAGUCAGAUCCCCGUUUUACCUGUACUGCGACCAAUGGACCGACGUCUUCGACCUGCUCUUCCAAGGAAUUGGGGGGGACCAGAGCGGCCCACGCUCGAUCCGGCAGGACUGGGGGGGGAUCCGGCCCCCCGUGGACGCCGUGAUGGCCGGCCGCCUGUACCUCACCCCCGUGGCCUCCAGUCCCCACCCCGCCCCCGCCCCCUCCCCCACCUCGUGGUACGUCCCCGGCCGCUCCUACAAGAGGCCCAGCGGGCUGCGUGACCGGCGCCGCGGCCGAAGGCGUGGCCGGGGGCGUGGCCGGGGGCGGAAGCAGAAGCGGUUCGCCUCGUGGGACCUGUUUGACAUCUUCUAUGGCGACUACGACGAGUCGCUGGAGGUCGCCGCGGUGACGGAGGAGCCCAAGGCCAGCCACCCCGUGCAGAACGUCUACUUCUUCACCAAAGAUAAGUAUUACAGGGUGGAUUUAAAGACCAAAAAUGUGGACUACGCGUACCCCCCUUACCCACGACCCAUUGGGAAGUACUGGCUGGGCUGCAAAGACAACGUUUCCUGGGCAGAGAAGUGAAGGGGGGUGGGGGUGGGGGGGGGGGCAUUGUCAUGACGACGGCGCGUAGCGGACGUAGCGGAGGCUGUUAGCCGCAAGCUGAGUCUUUUAAGUUGGAAAGGAGCCGGAGUGAGGCCUACUAUGGACAGUGCGUUAAAAGUCCAGUUAAGUCAAUAAUGAACUCGACAAUUUCCUUGAUUGUGGCGUGGGGAUACUGUAUUUGCAAAAAAAUAACAAAAUAACAUUGGCUUGUGUUGCAUUACAAAGGAAAACAUGAAUUUUCAACUUUUGUCUUGCCUCUCAAUUAAAACCAAACCACGUUUAUACGA